GACAGAGACAGACUGUCUUCUCUCCAGGCUCCACCACCACCACCACCACCACCACUUGGAUUGAAUCUCUCUCUCUCGGAGCAUUUCAACGCCCUCUCUCCGUCUCCGAUCGAAUACUUCGCGGCCCGCCGAAUUAAAAAUGGAGUCGCCGCCGAUUUACCGUCUUCCACAAGACACCCUCCACCAGAUAUUCUCCGCCCUCCCACUCCGUCAGAUCAUGAUCUGCCGCUCCGUUUCAAAGCUCUUCAAUCAGCUCCUCACCUCACCCUGCUUCCUGCACCUCAUCUCCAACCGAUCCUCCCUCCGCCUCCUCGCCCUCCGACCGCCUCACCACCACCACAAUCACCGCCACGUGGCCUCCCCUCCCUGCCUCCACGUGUUCGACCCCGAUCAGAAUCAAUGGCUCAGAUUCAGCCUCGAUUUCCUCCCCUUCCGGUCUCUUCACCCCGUCGCCUCCUCUCUCGGCCUCGUCUACCUGUGGGGUGACUCCUCAAACGACAUGUCGUUUGGACCUCCCACCACCACCACCACCUGCAACAUCAACAGCAACAAGUCUCUUGUCGUUUGCAAUCCCUUGACUCGGCAAUUCCGGGUUCUGCCUCAGCUCGGCUCGGCCUGGUCGCGCCACGGCUCGGUCCUUGUCGACUCGGCGGCGAGCCGAGUCAUGGUUCUCACCGAACUCGCCGCGCUCUACUUCUCCACCGGCGGGUCCCACCAGUGGCUCAACUUCUCCUCCAAUCUCCCUUCCAAGCCUCGAAGCCCGAUCCUUGUCUCCGACUCGGUCUACGCCCUCUGCGACGUCGGAUCGCCAUGGCGGAGCCAGUGGAAGCUAUUCUCCUGCGCGAUUGCGAGAAUGAAGAGCAGCUCCUCCUCGCAGAACUGGAGCCGCCUCGAGCGCCACGAGUGGGGGGACGUCUUCGACAUCCUCAAACGGCCGCGAUUGGUCCGCGGAUCGGGGAAUCGGAUCCUGAUGGUCGGAGGAUUGAAGUCUUCCUUCUCACUCAACUCCUCCUGCUCGACGAUCCUGAUCCUAAGGCUUGAUUUGGAGACGCUGGAGUGGGACGAGGCCGGUCGGAUGCCGAUUGAGAUGUUCCGGUGCUUUCAGGAGUCGAGCAAGUUCAAGGUGUUUGGUGGCGGGGAUAGAGUUUGCUUCUCGGCCAAGCGAGUCGGGAGGCUGGCGCUGUGGGACCGGUGCUCGGGGAAGGCAGAGUGGCGGUGGAUCGACGGCGUGCCGGGGAGCAGCGACGGGCUCUGCCGCGGGUUUGUUUUCGAGGCGAGGCUCACGCCAUUGUGACAAACAGAGCUACAAAUUUUAAAUGGUUGCCUUUGCCGGCUUGAGGAGGUAGAACAAGAAAGCAUAUACUUGA